UACCGUCCGCUUCGAGGUUGGAUUGAAUUUAUAAUCAUUUCAUACUCAUAUCUAAUAUUACACUCUAAAAUAAAGCUACGCAAUAUAUUCACGCACAACUGUACAGCACCUAUCACCCACUAUACACCCACACCACACAUCAAUAAGUCAUUAUGUCUGCCAGCCGAAACCCCGAAUCAUUACAAGCAGGAGGCGAAUUCCACAGCCGCGUGCCCCCCUCAGAGCCCCUGACAAAAGGCGGCCACGCGCCAGGCGUCCUAGUCGGCAACGACCGCGUGCCCGAGUUCCACGCAGAGACAUAUCCCGCCGGCACAGCGCCGCCGGAGCACACAUACCAGCCGCGCCCCUCCGAGAGCGAAAUAUCCGCCCAAGCCUACGGCAACGCGCCCAGCGCAGCAGACACGCUCACAGGCGCGACCUCCGCAGACGUGUACCGGGGCAUGGGCAAGCCCAUCCAGGGCCAGGAGCGCAGAGAAAUCGAGAAGCCGCACGGAGGACACAGGAAGAAGGAACGGAGCGGUGUCGCUGGGCGGGGCGGAGAAGAGGGUGUUGAUUUUGUUAGGGUGAAAGGUGCGGAUUUACCUGAGGGCGUGUACAAGGGUAUGAGGGGGAAAGCGAGCAGUGAGUAUCCUGCUGCUGAGGAACGGGUUCCGGCCGGCGCGGAAGAAGUCGCGGCUGAGAGGAAAGUCCCUGAGCGCGCGUAUGAUUAUACGCAGUCGUCGUAAGGAGGAUUUGUUUGAAGGGCGGCGGUGUAUGAUUGAUUAUUGAUUAGCGAGGAAAAGAACUCAUGAUUGAUGAAGGAUGUGUAAAUAUCGUGAAUGAGGUGAUGAUGAAUUAUUGUUUCUUGAUUGUGUAUAAUACCUACCUUGUGCUGUGUGUCGCCUUUCAAUAGUUGUUUGGCGAUGUUGUGAUGUUGGCUUUGGGGCUUGUUGUCUAUCGUACGUAAGGCGGCUAGCUAAUGCUUCGUUGAGUCGAGAUAAACGUCUUGAUCAAUGCCGAUCUACAUCUACUAAGUCAAUGAGUCAAGCAUGAUAAUAACUAACUGUUAGGGCGGGUGGUCAAGCACGUACUAAGCGCUUGCAUGUAGAUGCAAUACUACUACGACCACCACUCUAAGAAACAAGAAACAUCAAGUCAAAACAGAG